CAUCAAGUUAAAUGCUAUUAUCCAAACUCCAACCAUGAAACCCAGCACCACCAUCCUCCCACUAUCUCCGCUCCUCCUGCUACCAAUCCCCGCACCUCUCGUCCUCGCGGCCACCAACUUCGUUGAACUCGAAGUAAGUUUUUACGGCUCCACGCUGGGGAUCCCCGACUCCACGGCCUACGUGCAAGUCCCCAUCGGCAACCGGUCCGUGGUGCCAGCCACAUGUACGGAUCUCCCUCUGACGGCGUAUAACGCGACAUUGUUACCGCCGGAGCCUCCGGUCGAAGUUGAAUGUUAUCUUCUUGGGCUACCCUGUCGGGAUGUCGUGGGAACGAUUUCGACGGAGGCUACCUUCAUCAAACUAUUAAAUCCGGCGCGGGCGGUGCAGUGCUAUCCCGAGUAAGGACUCAGUUGUGGGAUGGGAGGUGUAGUUUGAAAUCAGAGAUAUCAUAGAGGGACCAGUCUACACGACAAUGAUAACGUGAUGUCCAUACUAUAUGAUUGCAACCAAAUCAGCACGCAUACAAUCUGCCUAGACGAAGCUCUAACGCCCACAUUCAGUCCCUUCAUUCUAUGAGGAAGAAAGCAACAAUCUAUCUGAACCUUGGGAGAAAAUCAAGUCCAAACCUU